UUUCAACUUGAAUUAGUGCCGCGUGAUUCUAGAUGUUGUGGAACGGAAAUUGCUAAUUGCAAGUGCCAAGGCAAUGAUAAAUUUUAGGGCGCCUUUGGUGGGCGUGCUACUUCUAGUAGCCGUGGCAUCGACUGCGAACUACAAACUGGAGUUCUACGAAGCCAAUGUUGUCGUUACCGUUCGUACCGAAAACAGACAGCUUACAGUCGAGCGUGAUGGAAAAGUAGUACAACAGAUAAUGAUGGGACGGGAUCUGGCCGCAGCUUCAACUCAGGAGGAAAUCGCAAACGGAUUUAAACUAGUUAAUCUCUAUAGGGAAGAGAUAGAGUUUACGAAAGAUGUCGAUAGUGCCAGCUUCUCACUGUUUACGAUUGCUAGAAAAGUCAGAACUCGGUCCAAGGUGGUGGUGGACUGUGUUCGUAUUGCCGGUUCGAACUGGUUUGGUGGUCCACAGCAAAAGUAUCAAUACUGGCCCAUUCAAAAGCUACGCUUCAGUGAGUAUUCCUACCUUACGAAGGAGGCAGAUAACUGCGCCGUGGCCGAUCGGUAUUGGUUGUCCUCGGUAGGAUCGUUCAUCUACGUGGACAAUGAAGCGCCACUAUUUAUCGAUCAAAACUACGGUCAACCCGGAUAUAUGUGUUUAGAAGCGAAAAAAUCACUGCCCUACGAUACCUAUGACAAUACGUAUUCAUUCAUCUAUCAGAUUGGAGUUGCCAGUGAUGCGAAGGUAGCACACGUGAAAGCAGUAAACCAUAUUCUAGGUAAACCUACAGGACAUCCGGCCGAAGCGAUGGUCAAAUAUCCCAUCUGGUCGACAUGGGCACGAUAUAAACGGGAUAUUGAUGAUAAAGUAGUACUCCAGUAUGCCGAUGAAAUCAGCAGUCAUGGGUGGCAAAAUGGGCAGUACGAGCUGGAUGAUGACUGGGAGAAAUGUUACGGAGCGCUUGAAUUCAACACGAACAAGUUUCCAAAUAUUAGACAAACCAUUAGCGCGAUCAAAGCUAAGGGAUUCCCCAGAGUUACCUUGUGGAUUCAUCCAUUCAUCAACAAGGGAUGCGAACCAUGGUACUCGCAAGCGAAGCGCAAUGGCUAUCUAGUGACCAAUCACAAUGGCAGUACGGAUACGGAAUGGUGGAACAGCCAGAAAGGUCAAGCGGCGUAUGUUGACUUUUCGCAACCGGCAGUUGCCGAAUGGUUCACAAAGAGAUUGCGUGCCAUUCUGGACGAAAGCGGAAUCGAUAGUUUCAAGUUCGAUGCCGGUGAAACAAGCUGGACACCACCGGAUCCCGUGCUACACGGACCGCGCUCGCAGCAUCCGAACCUGAUCGUGGAUAGCUAUGUACGAACGGUGGCAAAGUUUGGAGAUCUGGUAGAAGUUCGGUCAACUCAACGUACCCAGAAUGAACCGAUUUUCGUUCGAAUGAUAGAUAAAGACUCCGAGUGGAACUGGAAUAAUGGGCUGCCGACGUUGGUCACCACCUUGCUGCAGAUGAACAUGGUCGGCUAUCCGUUGGUCCUACCGGAUAUGGUCGGUGGCAAUGGGUACAAUGAUCACCCUCCGAAUAAGGAAAUGUUCAUCCGAUGGCUGCAGGCUAAUGUAUUUAUGCCGAGCAUUCAAUUUUCCUACGUUCCGUGGGACUACGACACGGAAACGAUACAGAUAUCGAAAACCAUGACGGAUUUGCACGAACGAUUCACUCCUCAAAUUAUGGCAAGAUUCAAACUGGCAGUCUCGGAAGGUCUUCCGGUAAAUCCUCCACUUUGGUGGGUCGCCCCUGCGGAUACGGUAGCACAACGGAUCUAUGAUCAAUUCCUACUAGGAGAUGACAUUAUAGCGGCACCGGUACUUCAGGAGAAUGUACGUUCUCGAGAUAUCUACCUACCGGAAGGUAGCUGGGUGGAUGGAAAUAAUGGAACCGUUUACACCGGUCCCAGAUGGAUCAGAAGCUACAGUGCUCCGCUGAGCGUGCUGCCAUACUUCGUGCGCAAGACUAACUAAAAAACGUGGCAUAAAAUGUAGUUAGUUUAAAGUGGGGAACAAAUAUAUGAUCAGUUCAAGUGUUUUAACAAA